AUGGCAACCAACAAUAUGCAUAAUCUCACGACCCUCAUCAAGCGACUCGAAGCUGCCACAGCUAGACUCGAAGAUAUUGCUACAUCGACCAUCGAGCUCCCUCAAGCCGUCCCAUCCCUCAACCAGUCUGUCGAAUCGGCGCCUUCCGCCCCAAAUGCUACGACCCCCCCUCCCCCGCCGCCGCAAGCAGCCGCCGCGCCGCAAGCACCCCCUGAGCCAGUCCCUGAGUCCGUCGAGGAGUUUGACCAGUUCAUAGCCACCUCGGUCGACAAAUACGUCAACAUAAGCAAGCAACUGGGGGGCCUCAUUGCCGACCAGGCUGCCAAAGUCUUGCAAGGUUUUCAAGCCCAGCGCAACUUCCUGCUCAUCACCACCAAGGCCAAAAAGCCCGACCUGAACGGCGCCGAGAUGGCCGUAUACCAGGACCUCCUCAAACCCAUCAAUGAAGCUCUUGUUGCUGUCAGCAACAUCAAGGAGUCCAACCGAGGAUCGGCUGUCUUUAGUCAGCUAAGCGCCGUUGCAGAGGGCAUCAUGGUUCUCGCCUGGGUCACUGUCGAUAACCGUCCCUUCAAGCAUGUCGAGGAUUCACUGGGCUCGGCCCAGUUCUUCGGCAAUAGAGUGCUGAAGGAACAGAAGGAUAAGGACGCGCAACAGACUGAAUGGGUCCAGGCCUUCUACCAAGUAUUCCGCGAUCUCACCGACUACGUGAAGCAACACUUCCCUAACGGCAUCCCCUGGAACCCCAAGGGUCAGCCGGCCCAGGAAGUCGCCAAGUCUCUGUCCGCCUCCUCCGCCCCCCCUCCUCCCCCUCCCCCUCCGGCUGGCGGUCUGCCGCCUCCGCCUCCGCCUCCCGGCCCACCCCCCGUGUUUGAAAUCAAGGAGGAGACACCCGGCGAAAAGGGCGGGUUGGGCGCCGUCUUUUCUGAGCUGAACAAGGGCGAGGCCGUGACAAAGGGUCUUCGCAAGGUAGACAGAUCAGAAAUGACGCACAAGAACCCGUCGCUCCGCGCAAGCUCGACCGUACCUGAGCGAGAGGGAUCGGUGCGUGGCAAGAGCCCGGCUCCGGGAAAGAAGCCUAAGCCGGAAAGCAUGCGUGUCAAGAAGCCGCCAAAGAAGGUGCUCGAGGGCAACAAGUGGACUGUCGAAAACUUUGAGAAGGAGCCCCAGCCUAUCGAGAUUGAUGCAUCCAUCUCCCACUCUAUUCUCAUCAGCAAGUGUAGCAACACCACCAUCAUUGUCAAGGGCAAGGCCAACGCUGUCACCAUUGAGAACUCGAGCCGUCUAUCGCUGAUUGUCGAGUCUCUGGUGUCCACAGUGGACGUCAUUAAGUCCCAGAACUUUGCGCUGCAAGUCCUUGGGGCUGUGCCGGCUGUCCUGAUGGAUUCUAUCGACGGCGCUCAAAUCUACUUCAGCAAGGAGAGCACGGGAACCAAGAUCUACUCCAGCAAGUCCUCUGGUAUUAAUCUGAAUGUCAUUUCGGGAGAAGACGAGGACUACAAGGAAGUUCCCCUGCCGUCGCAGAUUUGCUCUUACUUUGACGAAGGCAAAGGCGACCUCGUCAACGAAAUCGUCUCUCACUCCGGCUGA